AUGAUAUCCCUCCGCUCUCGUUACAUCCUAAUACCUCUUCUCCUAUCCAUUGCAACCCUCGGUCUCCUCUCCCUGCGACUGGGGAAUCCCCUCUCUUCUUCUCCACCUCCUCCUCCUCCUCCACCAGCAGAUGAGAAGCCACCUAUAAGAUACAAACCCAAGGCUUCGCCACCCCCGCCUCCGCUUCCUGAGUACUUUCCUCUCGCGGCCUCCGCCUCCUCACACGCAGACAUCCCUCCAGUCCCCUCAUGGAACAAGCCCCCCUCCCCACAUGUGCCGGAGCACACGCGCCUCUUCAUCGGCUUCACACGCUUCUGGCCGCUCCUACAACAAGCAGUUGUGGCCUACAUAGCCGCUGGCUGGCCACCAGAAGAUGUUUACGUCAUUGAAAACACCGGCACAUUCGACUCCAACAAAAAAGGCCUCCUCACCUCCCAAAACCCUUUCUACCUCGACCACAAGCGCCUUACAGAUACCUUUGGCGUUAAUGUCAUCACAAUGCCUAGCCUUCAGACAUUCGCUCAAUUGCAGAACUUCUACCUCAGCGAAGCCCUCAACCACAAUCUGAGCUACUACUUCUGGGGCCACAUGGAUGUCGUGCCCCUUUCGCACGAAGACAUGCCUGGCGAAUAUAAAUCAUUAUACCAACUUGCUGUUGAGAAGAUAAGGGAGUGUACUGCAGAAGACUACCAGAAAGACCCAGCGACAGGCGAAAAGGCACCAUGGGCAAUACAAUUCUUCGCCUACGACUGGCUGGCGCUUGUAAACGCGGAGAGCUUCGCCAAGAUUGGAGGCUGGGACUCGAUGGUCGGCUACUAUGGUACAGACUGCGAUAUGCACGGGCGGAUAGGGAUGAACGGAAUGACGAUGCCGGUCGCUGAUGCGGGUGAUGUGUUUGAUGUGGAUACGAGUAUGGAUGAUCUAGAGCUCUUAUUUCGGAGGAAGAAGAAGAGGGUUCCUUCCUCAGUGAAGAGAGCAAAAGAGGAGGACGCACAAGCUAAGGACGAUGCAAAGGGCAGCGCUGGCAGUGGUUCCGGCAGUGGUUCGGUCGAUGGUUCUGGCAGUCAUGCCGAGAGUGAAUCCUCGAAUAGCACCAGCAGCAAAGCUAGUAGCGGAUCCAGCAAAAGCUCCGCCGAUGACGCAGAGAGCAGUGACCCGAGUAGUAGCUCAAAGACCAGCCCUCCAUUUGAAGGCGCCAUGACUCAUGGCGCAAACUCCAAAAGCGACAAACCCUUCACCAAGGAGAUCAAAGCCUACCUGGAGGAGACCGAAGAAGAUGAGCGAGGAGGACCCGGUUUCGUGGCGCUGAAAGAGAAGCUACAAUCAAUGCAAAAGGACAAACAAACGUCACCGGAGCGGAACAGUUGGCAGAAAAAGCAGCGGGGCGGGGAGGGAGAGCCCUUCUACUAUGACCCUGAUGGGUGGGAGAAGGCACUGCAGAUGACGAUUGAGGCUGGAUUGAAGAUUAAUGAGGAGAAAUGGGGACAUAGAGGGUGUGAUCUGAGAGCUGCGGGGUUUAAGGAGGGGGAUCAGUGGAAGGUGGAGCAUGAUUGGUAG